ACCAACCUGCUUCUAAAAGAUGGGUUUUAUGACAAAUGCAGUAAAAUCUUAAAUCCAAAAUGAUCAUUUCUAGGUGGUUAUCUCAGUCAUUUAUUUUCUCUCUGACAGGGAUAAAAGCAACCAGGAGUGGGACAACAGUCCCACUUACUUUGUGAUGCUGCCAUGGAACCCCAUCACCAAGGGAACAAAACGGAUGUGGGAUGAUGCUCUCCCCACAGGCUUUCUCUUCUUCAGUGCUUCUCGGACACCUGAGCAUUCAGGAGCACCACUGAUCUGCCAAGAUUUUCAGGAGACCAAUAAUCAGUCUAAAUCAACCGUGGGAGUGCCAUGGCUUUGGUUUGGAAUCUGUCAAGGAAGGCCAUGCAGUUGGGAAGUUUAACCUCAAAUGAGAUCAACGCAGAAACAGAAGCAAGCUUUGAUGACAGCAAGGCUUAUUCAGAGAAGAAGGAGAAUGUGAAUUAUUCAGCCAUCUCCACAGGAUAUUUUCCAUAUUACAGAUCAAAUGAGGAGCAGUUUGUCCAGCCUCUCUUAUAUGACUUAAAUGCAGAAGGUGAGAAGCCUGAAAGCAACUGGAAAGAUGAAGCAGAAGGUGAAUGUGCAGAGCUUAGUGGAGAUGCUGAGAAGACCACCCACCCAGCUCUGGGGGCAGAGAGGACGCCGUGUUCUUCCAUGGCCAAUGUAGAGCCAACAUCCCAGCAGCUCCUGGGAGGCAGCACCUUGGGAGGCUGCCUGCCAACCUUCUCCCUCUCCACCUCACUGCCAAGCCUGGACUGGCGCUUUUCUUCCACUGGAUACAUCCCUUACUACAGAACAGAAGCAGAGCUCUGCAUCGGCCCAGCAACGUGUGACAAGUUUCUCACCAGGACAGAAAUUUUGGAGAACAAAGAGGGAAGAUGGGUAGAAGAAAAAAACACUUGGAAUUUUGGUGCCGGCUGCUUGGUGUCCUGA